ACAAAACCCAAGAUGGAUGCGCCCAUGAAACCUGUGGGCCCUUCUACUAUUUAUUCACCUUCAGAGAAAAUAGUGACAUCUGGACUAUCUAUAGGGACUGUCGCUGAUUACACUAUAGGAGGAAAUAAAGUUAGACAUACAGGAAUAACACUAGGUUCUUUAGGACCUUAUGGGGGACGUCAAAGAGAAGAAUAUUAUAUUUUGAAAUUUUCAGAAACAUGCGCUUUCAAAUCUGGAAUGAGCUGUGUGUUAGGCUUUGGUAUUGGUGCUGCAUUUGGACUGUUCACGGCAGGUAUAGACCCCUUGAGCACAGUAACAGGCUCAGAGACCCCCACAACUAGGGCUGUUUUCCAGGAGAUGAAGACGAGAAGUUUGAGCUAUGGGAAAAACUUUGCACUUGUUGGCUGUAUGUUUGCUGGAAGUGAAUGUCUCAUCGAAACAUACAGGGGAAAGACUGAGCUUCUCAAUGGAACAAUGGCCGGAGGCUUCACAGGAGGAAUCAUUGGAUUAAGAGCUGGGAUAAAACCUGGUUUGAUCGGUGCUGCUGGUUUUGCUGCCUUUUCCACUGCAAUAGACUAUUGGCUGAGGUAUUAAGGUCAAAGGUCACUGAAAUGGCAGAUUAUCGACUGAGGCAUGAUGGUCAAAGGUCAUUGCAAUGACAGACUAUUGAUCCAGCAAUGUGGUUGAUGUUCAAUACAAUGACAUAUGGUUGGCCUCUUCAACUGCCACAAUAGCCAAUGGACUAAGAUAUUAGGGUCAGAAAACAUUGCAAAACAGACUUUUGGCCGAGGCUAUGGGAUUACAGGUGAACCUGAUUGGCUUGCACUUUUUCUGGUAUUCUGGUUGAUAGCCUGUAGUAUGCUGCUAGAAUUGUUAGGUUGGAAAUGGUGUUUCCUUAUUAAUGAGAUAUUUUCAGUGCCAAAUAUUUAAUCAAAUGGUGGAUCUCUUUGACCGUUUGAAUAAGAUAUUGCACUUCUACUUAAUUUGGCG